UACAUAAGAGGGAGAGAAGUCGGCUUCGCUCACUCGACUCAGGGUGUCUCAUCAGAGCACAUCCCCAGCAGGAGAGAGAGAGAGAGAGAGAGAGAAGGGGCAAUGCAUAUGACGGCUCUGACGGUUGCGCUGGUGGUGGCGGCGCUCCCGACCAUUCAGGCUUUGAGUUGCUCGGCGCCCUUCAAGGCUCUGGCCAACAAGUGGUGUGUGGUCGCCAUCAUCAGCAGGUCCAAUUCGAGUCUUCAUUCGUGGGACUCGGCGAGGAGUGACUGUCAGAAUCAUGGCGGGGACUUGAUAAUUCUGGAGGACCACGACAAGAUGCGAGCCGUCUCUAACUACCUGGAUUCCUUUGCUGAACCUUUAUCAGCGUAUCCCUGCUGGGUGGGCGGCAAAGCCUUAUCGGGCGUGUGGAAGUGGGUGGACGGACGCCUCAUGAACCUGCUGUCCCACUUGUGGUCUCCAGAGGAACCACCUCACAGCUCAACCCAGGGAACCCUCUACUCCUUAGUGGUCACUGUAGGGAAGAGGCGCCGCAUAGUGUCUACCAAUUCCAUCUCCAUUCCGGGUUAUUUAUGCGAGAAGUAGAUGGAGGAGGGCGUAAGGACAUAAAGAGGUCAGUUUGGUCAGUAAUGGUCAGUUUGGAGUGGGAAGAUAUAAAAAGGGAAGACGUUAUGAGCUGUACGAGUCUGAAAAAAAGGAAAAAAAAGAGGGAAGACGACGAAAGAAAGAACAGUAAGAGAAAAAUUCAAGUAGCUAAAUAUGAGAAACUUUAUGUACUAUGUUUGAGAAGUACACAAAGGCAUUACUGAAAAA